GAAUUUAUAUCGAUUAGUUCUCAUCUAGCUCUCACCCGUGCCGUUCACGGGUAGGUCCGGAAAGUCAGUUUUAUGUUUAUAAUAUUUUGUUUCUUUGUUGAAAUUUCUUGAUAAUUUAGUCAAUUUAAAUCGUUUAUCAGCUGUCGCGAAGUGAGAAUUUGAUUACUUCAACCAUGCCACUGAAAUCAGAUUUAAUAUGGGACAAGCUAAACCAACGUUUGGCACAAGUUGAUCGCUCCAAGAGAUCAUUUUUGGCUAUUAUAUUUAUUCAUCUUCGCCAAGAUGGAAAAAUAGUCCGAACUGUUGUUUUGGACUGCAGUGCACUCAAAAUAGAAGAAAUAGAAUCGGGAUCAUCAUUUACAGCAACAUAUCCUGCCGAACGGAUCGACGCAUCUAUCGAAAUCGACGACGAUGAUUUCUACUCGGUUGCAACUAAGCAAACUACCUUUUCCUCCCUUAUGAAACAGGAGAAGGUAAAAGUCCAAGGCAACCCGGAAUGCUUCUUGAAACUGGACGAAAAGUUUAAGUAAAAUGUACUACAAAAAAGAAGAUGCACUUUUGGAUGGCACAACAGCAAAAAUAAUACUAAGACGGAGUAACUUUGCUCAUAAUCACUGAGAUUUACUUUAUUUUACACAUUGAAGCAUGCACAUCACAUUUAUUACAUUAAUAACCACCAUUCAACAAAUAAUGUAUUGUUGAAUUAAGCACACGAUCAUUUGCGUAUUAGUUAUGCUAACAGACAUACCAUUGCUUCAGUUUAUAUCCUUAAUAAGUGUACCCGUUUUCCUGUAGUAAAAUUCCUGAUCAAAAACUCUAUCGAAAUACAAUUACAUGUAAAAAAAUGAAUGUCAUGCCUUUUUUAGUGAAGACUAAUUGUAACUCUUAGUUUAAGUUAUUUGCUAAAAUAUAUAGUGUGAGACUCCUCAA